UGUUCCAGUUGCUGACGCUAGGAGCUGUCCGCGGUACUGAAACGGCUCGACUCAGUCUGAGAGGUGCUGACAGAAAUUGAACAUUCUCUGGCUCUCCUCCGUUCACAAUUAUAAAUCUGAUCAGAGCUCCCGUCUCGCGCAGCGACCUCGUUCCUCACGGCGCGUGUGGCGGAGGUCUCGCGGAACGUUUGUGUCCUGCUCCUCUUUAAUUAUUCGGAAAGUGUUUUAAUACAAGGACAUAUUCUGUGAUAGGAACCCACUGCCGCGAGCAUGAACUCGACAAGAAAUUACAAACCAAACAUGGUUAUUCUGAUUCUGGCUGUAUUUGCUGGCAUGGGGAUGGCACGAGGGCAAGGUUCUUUUAUUGAUGGGAGGUUAGCAGUCACCCAAAGAGGAGGUCAGCGAGAAGCAGAGGUUGGGUCUAACCCAUAUCACACUACACAGGACACAGAUAGAGACCUGCCCCUGUUCACGACCGCUCCUCCUUACAGUGGCCUCGACCACCAUCCACCUUUUAAGCCCUACCGGCCUUACGACCCCCGGGGCCAAAGCCACGAGCAGUAUUUUCAAGACAGCGGAGGGGCAGUUCACCAUCCCACAGUGCCAUCCUCUAGUUCCCAUCUCCUCCAGGAUCUGUCCACACAGCUGGUCCCACACGAGGACGCGCCUCCAUUCUCUGAUGUAGCAGCUCCCAGAACCACCACAAUGGCUCCAUCGGCCGCUGCCCUCACCCAGCCCCACGUGCCCAACAUCCAACACAAUCCUUCAGUAGAAACGCAGAGGAAAAGCACAGAGGAACCACCCAUAUCCAUGACCUUAGCGUCACUGACCACCACUGACACACACACAUCCACACCGCCUGCUUCCAAAGAGUUAGAUACAGGUGAUGUGACUCCGACCUUAAACAACGAGCCUAUCCCGGUGAAAAGAGACAAAGAAAAGCCCUCGAUGAGCAAGGUACUUGGCACUCCAGGAAGUGAUGUUGCUGUAAAAGCAUCAUCAAUGUCUGGAGAUUUGGAUGACGAGACCACCACCUCCACCAUCAUCACCACAACUGUUAUUACGACCAUGCAGACUCCAGCUCCAUGCAGCACCAAUUUCACAUCGCCGGGAGGCUACAUAGAGACGCCACAGCAAGCCAGGAGUUGGUACAAUACGAAUGUGGACUGCACAUACACCGUGACAGUCUACAUGGGCUAUGGGGUGGAAAUUCAGGUGAUGAACGUGAGCCUGGCUGAGGGUGACGUGGUCAGAUUCGAAGACCUGGGUGGCAGAGAACCUUCCGUGCUGGCCAACGAGUCCAUCUUGCUGAAAGGUCUGGUGGUACGCAGCUGGAGCAACCAAAUCUCCAUCCACUUCCGCAGCCGGCAGCCGCAGUCCAGCUCCUUGCUGCUGCGUUACCAAGCAUUUGUCUUGAGUUGCAACUUCCCUGAUAGACCAGCGUAUGGGGAUGUGUCCGUCACAAGCCUCCAUGCAGGGGGAGAGGCCUAUUUCUACUGCUUCAAUGGAUAUCAACUCCAGGGUCCCUCCACCCUGACGUGCCGCAAUGCCACCACACCCUACUGGACCGGCAAAGUGCCACGCUGUCUUGUGGCCUGCGGUGGAAUGGUGAAGAACGCGACUCUCGGCCGCAUUGUAUCGCCUGGUUUCCCUGGCAACUACAGCAACAACUUGACCUGCCACUGGGUGCUGGAGGCCCCUGAGGGUCAACGGCUGCACGUGCACUUCGAGAAGGUGGCCCUCGCGGAAGAUGAUGACAGGUUUCUGAUCAAAAAUGGCAACCACAUCGACUCGCCGAUUCUGUAUGACUCGUAUGAGGUGGAAUACCUUCCGAACGAGGGAAUCGUUAGUUCCUCCAGACAUUUUUUUGUGGAGUUUACGACGGAUGGUUCCGGCACCAACACGGGGGUGGCCAUUAGAUAUGAAGCUUUUGCAGCAGGGCACUGCUACGAGCCAUUCGUCAAGUACGGCAACUUCACCACCACUGACAGCACCUAUGCUGUGGGCACGGUUGUGGAGUUCACCUGUGACCCCGGCUACACCCUGGAGCAGGGUUCCGUUAUCAUCGAGUGCAUGGAUCCCAGCAAUCCUCAAUGGAAUGAGACUGAACCCGCCUGCAGAGCUGUUUGCAGUGGAGAGAUCACAGAUUCAGCUGGGGUGGUGUUAUCUCCAAACUGGCCCGAGGCCUAUGAUAAGGGUCAGGACUGCAUCUGGGGGAUCCAUGUUGAAGAAGACAAGAGGAUCAUGCUUGACAUCCAAGUUCUCCACAUGGGAAAGAACGACCUGCUGACUUUCUACGACGGAGAUGACCUGACUGCAAAAAUACUGGGCCAGUACAGCGGUUCCCGUCCUCGCUUCAAACUCUACACCUCCAUGGCUGAUGUGACCAUCCAGUUCCAGUCGGACCCUGCUACCAACAUCUAUGGCUACAACAACGGCUUUGUGGUGCACUUUUUUGAGGUUCCCCGUAAUGACACCUGUCCAGAGCUUCCAGAGAUCUCUAACGGCUGGAAAACCACAUCUCACCCUGACCUUGUGCAUGGCACGGUGGUGACCUAUCAGUGUUACCCGGGCUUCGAGGUGGUGGGCACCGAAAUGCUCAUGUGUCAGUGGGACCUAACCUGGAGUGGAGACUUGCCCAGCUGUGAAAGAGUCCUGUCAUGCCCAGACCCCGGCACAGUGGAGCACAGUCGCAGAGUGAUGUCAGGUCCGCGUCUUAUCGUGGGCUCUACUGUCCAGUACAUCUGUAACAAAGGCUACUCACUGUCAGGAAACAGCCUCCUCUCAUGCUACCACCGUGACUCCACCGGCCCCAAAUGGAGCGAGAAGCUGCCCAAAUGCAUUCCUGAUUCGUAUGAGCCGUGUAGGAACCCCGGGACUCCCCCCUAUACCAUUCAGAGCUCUGAGAAGCAUGCGUAUCAGGCUGGAGAAACUCUGCGCUUCUCCUGCAUGAGUGGGUAUGAGCUCCAGGGUGAGCCUGUUCUCCGCUGUGUCCCCGGGCACCCUUCCAAAUGGAGCCAUCCACCUCCGCUGUGCAAAGCGGUAGCACAGGAGUACAUCGAUGAACGUAGGCUGGAUGUGGCCAGUGCAGAUUUCAGUAUGGAGGGAGCCAGUGUGGCUGUUUCCAUUUUCAUCCCAGUGGCCGUAAUCAUAAUUAUCAUUUUGUCAAUAUAUUUCUACUUUUCAAGGGUGCAGGGGAAGUCUCUACGGCUGUCCAUGUCCACAUCACCACAAUAUGAUCACAUCAGAGGAGAGUCAGCUUUUGAAAACCCCAUUUACGAGACCGCAAACAAUGAGGUGAGAUUUUGACUGUCAGUACUUUUACACUGAUAUAUGGACUUUUUCUCCAGCCUGCUGUGUGUAGCAUGUGUUACAGACUGCAGGUUAUUCACACCUCUUAUGUGCUGUCCUAGUGUCCCUCCAGAUCUCUCUCUGUAUGGUGUAGCACUCAUACAGUCCCAGCAGCACCUACUGCCUGUAUAUACUAAACCGCUCAAUAACAGUUUCUGGCCCCUAGGGCCAAGUCUGCGACUGUAAGUGUUUGCGGCUGGAUGGAUGAAUGUCUGUGCAUGUAUGUGUGCUGGUUCCUUUUGCACUAAUGCCCUGAAGUCAUGUUCUGGAAUUAUGCGUGUCAGGAUUCAGGAAGUAAAGAUGAUGCAAACCUCUCUCAGGUGUGAAGAGACAUGACUGUCUAAUGACAAGUUUACAAAAGACUGCAUUUACAAUAAGCAGAGCCAAUCAAUAUUGUGUUUUAUAUGUAAUUUCAGCAUUUUAAAGGUUUGUUUUUAUUUCAUAUGAGUUAUUGACUUUGCAUGCUCUUUUUUGUCAUAAACAUCUAAAGGCUUUUUAUAUAAUCUACUAUUUUGUGUUCAUUUGUUAGAUACCAUCACAUUGUCAUUGCCCAAUAGUUUAUCCUCCCACCUCCAUCAUGUUUCCAUUGCUGAUUAUUAUUUUUAAGUUCUUUUCAUGCUUAAGUUGCAUGGUAUUUUUGAUUUGUACAGAGACCUAUGAUUCAAAGCAGCCACCAGAGGUACUCUCUAGGAUUCUGUUGUAAAGAAAGAGCCUGUAAGGAGAGUUGAUCAAUGGAUCACAUGGACGAGGCUGAGAAGGACACAAGAGAAUACGAAGUCUCCAUUUAAGUAAAACAAAGCUCGUUUUAGCAUGGAGGACCGCAAGCCUUUCUCUGCAUUGUGGAAGAUCUCUCAGUUCCUCUCACAUCUUGUGUAGCCAACUCUGCUCUUAUUCUCACCUACCUUCUCAUCUUUUCUCAUCUGCUGUAAAUAUCACCUUGCUUCUGAGGACUUCCACAAGUGAAGAGUGUGGACAACAUGAUAUUAUUUUUGUAGAGCUUCAAUAGCAUUGUCCUAGCAGAAUUGCUUGUACAGUUUUUACCCGUAAUUGAGCCAAAUUAAUUAAGGAAUUCAAAAAAUGAAUGACAAUAGGGGAAACCAUGUUAUUUAGGUGAUUGAUGUCUCUCUAAACAGAUUUAUUUAUUUAAGUUUUUUUAUUUUUGCACUCACAACAACACCCCCGUUAAAAAUAAAUAAUACAUAUUAUGUAUAAUGUAAAGUCACAUUGUGAGAUUAAAAAAAAAAUCACAAGUACAAGAAAUAGUUGCAGUUGUGAAAUAUAAACAAACAGAUAGAAAUACAUGUUGAAAUGUAAAGUAAUUGCACGAUAUACAGUCGCAAUUAUGAAAAAAGACAUGAUAGGCAAGUAUGAGCUUCCAUAGCAAUGACAUUGUUCAAUAGUUUGGGGUCGGUACAGUUUUUUUUACGAUGUCUUAUGCUCACCAAGUUUGAAUUAAUUAAAUAUUAUUAUACAGUGGCAA